GAGCUUCUCAGUGGAGGAGGAAGAACAGCUAGCUGGAAGAUUUGAUCGGUUUUUUUUUGCUACAGAAGAAUCAUGACGAAAACGUGUCACUUGUCUAUUGUGGCACUUGUGGCCUUUUGCAUUUUAAUUGCAACGCAAUGUGCAAAUGCCGACAAGAAGCAGAGCAAAAAAUAUAGCAAAGAGGCAAAUGACCCGCAUUUCAAACAAGUCAUCAACGAGAAAUAUGAGCCGGAAAUUCGGAAUCUCCAGCGACCAUUUCGCAUGGCUAAAUUGAAUCUCGUCUGGGCCAAGGCGCAAAAUCGCUUGACUGAGAGCAAAAUCAAAUCGCUGUACAUGGAGUUAAAGAUACAUGAUAAGGAGGAGAUUACGUGGAAGCAAAUUAGUAGCCAAGUGAAGGAUAAAGAUGGCAUCAAAGAAAACGAAUUGCGGCAAAAGUUAAUUGGCAUCAUGAGUAGCUACGAUUUGCUGGAACACUUUGACGACACACAGGAUGUGGAGAAAAUAAAACCCUAUAAGAAAUUCCACGAUCCCGAGGAGCGUCACAAGAACAAAAGUCUUUUCAAAGAUAAGAAACUGAAUAGGCUAUGGGAAAAGGCAGAGCUCUCUGGCUUCACGGCUGACGAAUUGAAAUCUUUAAAGCAAGAGUUUGACCAUCAUCAAGACAAGGUGGAUGUCUACUAUAGCUUGCUAGAACAUGUUGGCACCAUGGACACUGACAAACAUGAAAAUGCCAUUAACACUGAGGAUUUGGAUACUUAUAAUCUCAUAUCGAAUGAUCCCAACGAGAAUGAAAUAAACUCACAUCAGCAAAAUGUGCAGAAAUUCCAGAAUGAUUUGAAUUCCCUGCGCGGUCAUCAUACAGGUAUUAAGGAUCAUUAUGAUCGCUUGGAACGUCUAGUAUCAUCUGGACCGCACAGUCAGGACUUUAUUGAACCCAAGGUUCAGGGUUUGUGGCGUGUGGCACAAGCAAGUAAUUUUACGGAUAAGGAACUGGCUUCCAUUAAGACCGAACUGCAUCAUUUCGAGAGUCGUUUGCUAAAAUUGCGUCAUUUGCAUGCUGAGCACGCGUUGCACAAAGAGAAAUACAAGGAUGAGAAGCACAAGGAUAAGAGCAAUCGCUUUGAAGACAUGGAGGAUCAGCUGAAGAAACAAACGCGCAAAGUUGAAAAACUUCAGGAGAAUAUUGAGAAAACCAUCUUCAAGCACACAGAACUCUAAUUUUUAGAGUCGAAAGAUUGAUAUUGAAACCAUGACAUGGUCAAGCGAGCAAAUUAGAUUUUAAGUGCAAUUAAUCUCUGAAGCAAUUGUUUAGUUUAGCACAAACUAAUUUAGCUUACUAUUUUUUAUACCAAAAUAGGCAGCUCUCAAGCAGCAUUUAUAUUAAUGUUUAACCCAAAAAAAACUGAAUUAAAAUGAGAAUGAAGUAGAAA